CAUCGUCGUUGGACCCAACGCAACGCAACGCAACCAGAGCCAAGCCAAGCCAAGCCAAGCCAGCCACCAUGCCGGCAAGCGUGUCUGCAUCGCCGCUGCCACCGCCGGGCCUGUCCACCGAUCGGGUCGACCGGAUGCUGGCCGUGCUGGAGACCGCAGCCCCCGGGGGGGAGCCGCGGCCGCACGGUCCCGGGCUGGCGGGGAGGGAGGCCCUGGUCCCGGCCUUUGGAACGAGCGUGGCCUUUUUCGAGGGAGAGCUCCGCCCCGGAACUCGGCCGGCGGCCGGGCAAGGUGGCGGCAGCAGCAAAAGCAACGAUGGCAACGGCAAAGAUGGCAACGGCAACGACAGCAGCAACAGCAACGAUAGCAACAGCAAUGAUGGCAACGACAACGACAACGACAACGACGAAGAARUGGUCUUUGUAUCAACUGGCAGCACGAAACCGAAAGGGAAUUCCCGCUCUUCCCAGAAACAGAGAGACCCACGGACGCCGCCGGAGGGGGACCUGGUGGCCGUGGGACUCCCGGAAGCCCUGGAGUGGUUGCGCAAGCACUCGUCCUCCGGAGGGCCGCCACAAGCGCCCGRAUCCGCAACAACACCUCCUGCGCCGGUGCCGGCACCGCUCGCCGCCAAGAAGCAACAGAAACAGUCAAAGCCGAUGCCGAUGCCGAAGCAAGAGCAACAGAAAAAGCAGCAGCAGCAGCAGCAGCAACAACAACAACAACCGCCAGAAGCCCCCCCCGUGCCCCCCCCCUCGAUGUUCAACAUCAACGAAGAGUACGACGCGAGCGGCAAGCGGGUCUUUGGCGAGGCCGUCGAUCUUUCCUCCCGCCUCCGGGCCGUCUACGGGGAAAGCGCGGCCCCCGCCCCGGCCCCCGGCGAAGGCGACCGCCAAGGCAGCAGCAACGACAGCGCCGGGCAAGGCACGCCGCCCGGGACGAGGCCCAAAACGCCGGUCGUGUCCGACGAGGAGUACGAUCGGAUCGCGAGGCGGCUGGAGGAGCUCGAGCGGCUGGAAGAGGAGGACGCGAAGCGCUCCAAAAAAGUCCGGUCCAAGGCCCUCGGGGGCUCUCCCAAGUCGUCGUCGUCGUCGUCGUCGUCGUCCUUUGGCUUCAAAAAGGGCUUUCUGAACGCGUCUCCCAAAAAACCGAGCGGGGCGAAAGCAAAAGCAAAAGCGAAAGCAAAACCAAAGGCGGCCGAAAACCCGUCCGGGAUCGGUACCGCGCCGCCUUCGAACCCCUCGCCGCCUCCUUCCGGAGGCGGGGGCGUCACCAUCGACACGUCCAAGAAUCGGAUCCAUCAGAUCCCCCGCGAGGGACGGCAGCAGCCGGUGCCGCAGCGGAGCGCUCCGAGGCAGCAGCAGCAACAACAACAACAACAACCACCACCGCCGCAGGUCCUGCCGUCGGCGCCGACGAGGCUCCUGGAUUCCUCCGUCUUUUCGGGCCACGUCUCGGAGCGACCCUCGCCGAUAUCCCCGGACACCGCCGCCAGGCUCGCGGCAAACGAACAAACCAGGAGCCUGCAGCACGAGCUGCGAGAGCAGAAGCCGGCGCCGAAGCGUGUUUCGAGGUUCCGGCAGCAGCGGGAACAAGAGCAGCAGCAGCAGCAGCAACAACCGAGGCGCGUGUCGAGGUUCAAGCAGCAGCGACAGCAGGGAUAGGCAGCCGAAACGGCACCGCAACGAAACCCAACGCGAUUUGC